AUGGCAUUAACAAUAAGCCAACUCUCAGUUUUAGCUGCAGCUUUCAUCUACCUCUCUGCUUUCUGCUGCGAAAUAGGGAUGGCAGAUGAUUUUACACCUGAAGAUGGUGAUGUGCCAGAUCAAAUAGGCUCUGCAGAGCAGGAUCCAGCUCAAAUUGUUGCCAAAGCCUUGCUGUGUUUCAAUGAUAAAUAUGUCUACAGAAGCUGUGAAGAGUCUUACAGAUUGAAUGAGAGUGGAGAUCUCAAAGUGCCAGCAGCAAAAACUGACGAGUACUGCGACGGUCCAUGUCUGCAAGAAACACACCUUGUGCUCGACUGUGUUGAUAACAUUUUGAGCAACUUCCUGUUCUACAACAAGGCCACGGUGCAAGAUAUUAGAGAUACGAUUCGGGCCGGAUGUGGCUACGGCGAAGACAGAGGAAAAUUCGAUGUGGCUGAGCACAUCAAAGCUGAAGGAAGCAAGGCAUACAAGGCUGCAAAUUACCAGAUUCUAAUGGGCUUGUGGUGA